AUGGAUGAAACUCAUCUUUUCUUCAUUUGUGUUCUAUCCUUAUUCUCUCUCAUUUAUCUUUUCAAACUAGCUAUACACCAUCUCAAAACAUGGAACACUAAAAAUCUUCCGCCAAGUCCACCAUCUCUCCCAAUAAUCGGCCACCUUCAUCUAAUCAACGGACCUAUUCACAGAGUCUUGCAACACCUAGCGUCCAAGUAUGGUCCUAUAAUGAGUCUUCGGUUCGGCACACGUCGGGUGCUAGUCAUAACCUCACCAUCAGCAGCACAAGAAUGUUUCACCACAAACGACAUAGCUUUAGCCAACAUACCACUUCUUUUAACUGGAAAGUAUCUUAGCUACAACUGCACCUCAGUUAUUAAUGCACCCUAUGGUCAACUAUGGAGAGACCUUCGUCGUAUUAUGACACUUGAACUCUUUUCAACAACUCGACUUAAACACUACUUGGGUGACCGACAAGAUGAAGUUAGAUCUUUAAUCAAAGAUCUUUUAAAGGAGUCUUUUAAAGAUUUUUCGACAGUAGAAAUGAGGUCAAGAAUCCAAGGGAUGUCUUUUAACAUAAUCAUGAACAUCAUUGCUGACAAAGGGUUUUAUGGGACCGAGGUUGAGGAUGUUAAGGAAGCUAGUGAGUUUAAGGAGGUUAUAAGGGAUAUAUUUGAAGUAAGUGGGACAUCAAACCCUAGUGACUUCAUUCCAUUUUUACGAUGGAUUGAUUAUCAGGGUUUGGAGAAGAAGCUUUUGAAGUUGCAAAAGAAAUCCGAUAGGUUUUUUCAGAAAUUGAUAGAAAAGUAUAAGUGUAAACGUAGCGGCCUGAAAGGAAAGGCCAUGAAGUUUAUCGAUGCGAUGCUUUCUUUGCAGGAAUCGGAACCCGGAUACUACACCGAUGAUGUGAUCAAAAGCAAUAUAUUGAUAUUGCUGCUUGCAGGAACUGAUACUUCAUCAGUAACAAUAGAGUGGGCAUUGUCGCUUCUUCUGAAUCAUCCCAAUGUUUUAAAGAAAGCGAGAGUGCAGAUCGAUGAAUUUGUUGGAAACAAGCGUUUGGUACAAGAGACGGAUCUCCCGAAUCUACCAUACAUCCAAUGUAUCAUUAACGAGACCUUAAGACUAUUCCCGGCAUUACCGUUGUUGGUGCCACACGAGCCUUCAGAAGACUGCACUAUUGGAGGUUUUGAUGUCGCCCGUGGCACCAUGGUGUUGGUGAAUGCAUGGGCCAUCCAUAGGGACCCGAUGGUAUGGGACGACCCUUUAAAUUUCAAGCCAGAAAGGUUUGAGAAAGUAAUAAACAAGGGAUAUCAUUUUAUACCUUUUGGAAUGGGACGUCGACAGUGUCCUGGGUCGGGCUUAGCGAAUCGGGUCAUUUGGCUAGUUUUAGCAUCGUUGAUUCAAUGCUUUGAAUGGGAAAGGGUUGGUGAAGAAUUAGUGGGGCUAUCGGAAGGGAAAGGUCUAACCAUGCCCAAAGACGAGCCAUUAAAGGCAAGGUUUAAAGUACGCCAAACAAUGUGUGAUGUUCUUACGAAGGUAUCGGAAUUCGUGUCAUAAACAUGUAGAGGAGUCUUAUACUAGUGGUAGCAUGCCCAACGAGUCCUGACAGUUGAUGGAGAAGCUUAUGUUACUAUUUGCUUAUUGAUAAUUGGCGUGCAUUAUUGUUGUUAAAAGUGUU